GUUGUUCGUCAUCUCUGCGUUGCCGCGUACUCUUCGACUUGCACAGACCGCUACCAGAACAAUUUCCUUGAGCCGGGACGCCCAUUGCAGCAUCGCCUGUCCUCGUCCCAGCAGAGGAGACAAAGAAGGGCCGCCCACCACGACCGUACCCGCGACUCACGAUUUUGACCGAGAGGACCGACGGCUGACCCUUGCCAUUGUGGAGCCGAGACGCCCGAACAGGGGGACGCUGCUGCAGGCACGACGUGGAGCUGAAGGUUGAGCAGGAUCGAGAACGCAUUACCGUCGCAUCAUCUCUCUUUCUCUGUUCCCUCUCUCUCAUCGCACGAAAUCCAUACGUACGCGAUUGCUCCGACGUCAGACACGCAGCUCGCGAUCGGCAUGGCACAGAGAGCCGACCAGGGGCUCUGAUUGAUCUGCAACCUACCGUCGCUGGGCGCUGUCGAUCGAACCGGCCUCCAGGUGGACUCGACGACGACGCUUCGCGGCUGGAAGAACCCUCCACCACAGCGACUGCAUAAACAUACACGCGCGCGCGCGCACGCACGCACGCACACAUACAUACACAUAUAUCCGCAAUGCCAACGCCGGGAUACGCUGCCGUCAACGGCAGCGGCGGCGGCGGCGGCAGCGGCGAGGGAGGCGGCCGUGGCCAGAGCCGCUCGCCGCAGCCAGCAGACUCGUCCUCGGCGUCGAGCUCGGCCAGGUCGUCGCCGGCCCCAAUGGCACGGUGGUCACGGCACGAGAUGGCCUCGUCGCGGCGGCGGCUCUCGGACCGCGCGCACCGCACGCGCAACUCUUACCACCCGCGCGAACUCGCCCGCCGCGGGUGGAAGCUCUACCUGUCGUGGAGCGAGCAGGUCGUCGCCACCUACAUGCGCCUCUCGCCGCUCUACCGCGCCCUGGCCGCGCUCGCCUGCGUCCUCGGCUGGGUCCUCCUCAUCCUCGUCCUCGUCUACUCGCACCGCUUCUUCGCCUGGCUGGCCCCUUACUCCAAGUCGUGGCGCGCCCGCCCCGGCGGCUGGCUGCUCAUCUUCUUCCUCAUCUUCGUGACGGCCUUCCCGCCCGUCAUUGGCUACUCCACCGCCACCACCAUCUCGGGCUUCGUGUACGGGUUCCCCCUCGGCUGGCCCAUUGCCGCGUCGGCGUGCGUCCUCGGCAGCUUGUGCGCCUUCCUUGCGAGCAGGACGGUGCUCAGCGGCUACGUUGACCGCAUGGUCGGCCGGGACCACCGCUUCGUCGCGCUCGGGCAGGUGCUCCGUCACGAGGGCAUCUUAUACCUGACCGGCAUUCGAUUCUGUCCGCUGCCAUUCAGUCUUAGCAAUGGCUUCUUGGCCACGAUCCCGAGCAUCAGCCCAAUGUCCUUUGCCGUCUCCACCGCUUUGUCAAGCCCCAAGCUUCUAGUCCACGUCUUCAUCGGUAGCCGCCUCGCCGUGCUCGCCGAGCAAGGCGACUCCAUGACCGCCGGCGACAAAGCCAUCAACUACCUCAGCAUGGCCAUUGGCGGCGUCAUUGGGAUCCUCGUCGGCCUCGCCAUCUACCGCCGCACCAUGGCACGGGCCGCCGAGCUGCAGCGCGAAGAGGGCGGCUCGGCUGACGAGCUCGCGGCGGCCGAGGACGGUGAUGCUGGGUACGACGACACGGACGCGACGCUGCUGGAUCCCGAGGACGCCGCGGCCGUCAUGUCCGAUGACGACCUGUCGCUGUGGGACACCCAAGGCGCGGACUCAUGGGGCGAAGGCUACCAUGACGACAUGGCCGACGACGUACAAAAGACGAAGAGGAAUGGCGCCAGUAAUUGAAACCUCUUUUCCGCCGAUGGCCAGUUUUCAGCGUCUCGUGUUUUCAAUACAAAUAGAGCAUAACGUUUGGGCUUUGCUUUGGCAUAUAUGGGUCAAUAGACAAGAUAGGCGCUAGUUGGCUGCGCAUUGCUUCAUAUACAUUAAGUGCCAAUAGAGAUGGAGAAAAGAAGGUAUGGGCGCAUGUGAUACAAGUCAUCAUCAUUAUAGUAACUAUCAUCGAUCCAUAUGCC